AUGCAACGAAUUUUAGAGAGUCAUCCAAAUCACCACUUCCUGCUCGAAGUGCCAGAACUCUGGGUGCUAGAUUCGACGGUCGAAUACCCGUUUUCCCCUGUGGCAGCAUUUUUCUUGGUCACCACCUUUAUGUGCACCAAUUUUUUGACAGGAGGCGUCUGUCUAAUAGCGCACAGUUUUCAUUUGCUCAAUUCGCGCUGCGGCCAUAUGAGCGCUGCAACGCGAAAAAUGCAGAAGCAGUUGAUCAUCAAUAUGUUGCUACAGCUAUGCAUCCCCUUCAUAUCAUUGACCUUCCCAUGGUGGAUUGGUGGAAUCAUCAUUGGCUUUGAUAUCGAAGUCCCACAGGCCGUACCAAAGCUCUUCUUCAUCAUUAACGGAUGUCAUGCAAUAAUAUCCUCCCUGGAGAUUAUUUACCUCACCAAACCAUAUCGAGAAUUUAUCCUUGGGCUGUUUUGGCCAAAAAAGACACAUCCCGACACCAGCGUGUCGAUCGUCAGUCUUCGCUCGUCGGGGAACCACGUUUGUGCCAUACUUUUCGAGCUGUUUCUGCAUUUGGUGGUGCCCGAAUGGUUUAUCCCACCGUUGUGCUAUCGAUUUCACGGGUUGUUGGGCGGGCUUGGUCCAAAUGCUUUGAUGAUUAUCGGUAGCGCACUGUUAAUGAUGGUGGCAAUCGGGGUAGCCUGCUGUUUUGUGUAUCGUCAUCGCCAGUUAUUACACGCCGGACAUUGGGCUAGGUUUCCCCCUUGGCUUUGGACGUUGUUGCUGGCCUGCCUGUAUCUGGUGCUAACCGGAGCCUUCACUGCUAUGAACAGUAUGGCUGUAUUCACACAAGAUACAGAUGGUCCGGCAAUGCAAGGCAUUCUAAAGCGGUAUAAAAAUUGGCAAUUCCUCAGCAGCGUUCCUGAUAUAUGGCUUAGCGAUGCGAAGGCAGACAGUUUCGAUUCGUCCGGUGUUUCCGCGCCGAUUGCCUUCUUUUCAUUGCUCUGCAUUUGCAUGAUCACUUAUAGUUUUGUGGCUUGGUUCCUCAUCGGGCACAGUCUAUAUUUACUGAACUCACAUCUUGGCCAUAUGAGCGAUGCGACGCGGCGGAUGCACAAGAUUCUGCUAAAAAAUAUGUUCCUCCAGUUAUUUAUUCCCUUUUUAACAAUGUCCAUUCCAUGGACGACAAAUGAGUGCGCCAAAAACACAAUACAUCCGCUAUGGGGCUGGAUUCCGGAUCGAGACGACGCACAUUACCCGUCCGACUGUCAAAAUCGCAUCCGCGGUUUCGCGAAGCUCGGAAAAGCUAAUAAAUUAAUUGCCGAAGCCAACGUCAUAGCCACAGACAUCAAGAAAUACGCUUUCGGAUUUCGUGAUUUUCUGCGGGUUUGCUCGUGGUCCGCCUCUACACCUGCCGGGCCCAAUAUUUCAGCGAAUCAAAAU